GCACAUCUGCUGCCAUGGUGAAUGAGAAGCACAAUGGCAACCUGCUCGUGCAGCUGGGACCCAAACUGCAGGCCCACCCGGAGAAGCUGCUCCGGCAGCGUCGAGGCCACAACGGCCGGCCUGAAUACCUGAUCCAGUGGAGUGUGAUUAGCUUGGAAGAGAGAGCAGUGGGAGGCAGCAGUGCCUCCUGUGCAGAGACCAAGCCAGAGAACAUCUCGAUGUGGAUGUCUGCAGAAGAGGUCUGUGCCAGCUGCCCAGCACUGCUGGGCAAGAGGGAGCUGGAAGGGCCGUGGGUGAAAGAGGAGAAGGCACCAAGUCCAUUGGCUGCAGAUGUCCCGCUGGACGAAGCCUCGCUGCUGGAGAUGAAGGCUGAUGUCAGGAGCCUGGUGCAGCGAGCCAUGCGGCAGUUGGCCGAGGCCGGGACGCCCAAGUGCUCCAUCCUGAACACUGUGCACGUGCUGAGCGCCUACGCCGGCAUUGGCUCUCUGGCGGGUGCCUUCAGGGAGACGGGAGCCCUGGACGUGCUGAUGAAGAUGCUGUGCCACCGGGAGAAGCAGAUCCGCCACAGUGCCGGCAAGAUGCUGCGGACCCUGGCUUUGCAGGAUGCAGAGAGCCGGGCCUAUGUCCUGCUGUCCCUGAGCCAGCAGGAUGGCAUUGAGCAGCACAUGGACUUUGACAGUCGCUGCACCUUGCUGGAGCUGUUUGCUGAGAUAACAUCCUCUGAAGAGCAGUGCAUGUCCUUUGAGGGGAUUCACCUUCCACAGAUCCCUGGGAAGCUGCUGUUUGUCCUGGUGAAGCGCUACCUGUGUGUCACUUCUCUCCUGGACAAGCUGAGCGGUGGUGUGGAGCAGGGAGAGGAGCAGCAGGGGUGCGCUGUACCCAGCCUGCUCCCUGAGGAGGGGAGCCGUGUGAAGCAGGAGUUUGAGUUCAGCAUGGCCAUGGCAAACCUCAUCUCGGAGCUGGUGCACGCGAUGGGCUGGAACCACAACCACAAGCCAGAGCUGUCACCUCGACAGGAGCUCCGGCCUCGCACCACCCGCUCCAUCUUCCUGGGGUCUCCAGCAGCAUUUGGGGCACAGGACACCCUUGGUGUAGGUCUUGGCCAGCCAUUCACCUCCCAUGCCCUGCUGCAGGAGGUGACUGUGGAGGCCCUGCUGCAGGCUACAGGGCUCCCUGCUGACCUGGUGCACCACGCGCUGACACCGCUGACCCACGGCCAGGGCGUCCUGGUGCAGAGCUGCACACUGGGAGGUGCACUGCGGCUGAACCAGGUAGCCCUGGCCCAGGCCUCUGGCCACCACCUGAGGCUGCUGCCUCAGCAGAGAUACCUGCGGACAGAGAGGGCUGAGGUGAGCGCCCUGGAGAGGAAGAGGAAUGUCCUCUGUUGCCUCAUCACCCGCAUCCUCAAGGUGGAGAAGCAGCUCCACGUCGACAACCUGGUGUUCAGGGUGAUUGAUGCCUGUCAAAAGGGUGAACUGGGGCCAGGUGUGCAGUUUCUGAGCUUCUGCUGCCACAGCGUGGACGUGCUGUCCUGUGUCCUGCACCUGUUGAACCAGGGCUAUCUCCGGCGCCAGGAGGGGAGGCCUCAUGUCUUGGAAUACAUCUCUGCUGAACCCACAACACCCCCCACUUCCCAGGUCCAGCCACAGGUUGCCUUCCAGACUGUAGAGAUCAAGAUGGCAUCAAGCCUGGCCUCUGCCGAAAAGAGAAAGACAUUUUCCACAUUCAGGUAGAUGAGGACCUGGUUGGGAGGACUCAGGCUGGGGCUAGUCUGUUUCUUCCUUGUGGGUUCUAUUUAAAUAAAUGAGCCAAGUGCCAUCCA